AUGGACAUCAACUACGUCCAAAUCAAGGAUAUGCGUCACGGCCAGAAAAACCUAAACGUAGUGUUUAUAGUGCUGGAGGUCGGCCACCCUAUAAUCACCAAAGAAAACCGCGAAGUUCGAACGUUCAAAGUGGCGGACCAAAGUGCCUGCAUCAACGCCAGCAUUUGGGACGAAGCGGGCCAACUUCUAGUGCCCGGGGACAUAGUAAGACUGACGAAAGGCUACGCUACCAUGUGGAGAAACUGCCUCACCCUGUACAUCUCGAAAAGCGGCGAAAUGCAGAAGAUAGGCGAGUUUUGCAUGGUUUUCAACGAACAGCUGAACAUGAGCGAGCCGACGCAAGUGCCACAAAUGCCCUCGGCCUGUGGGCCCCCACAUAGCUUACCUCUGAACAAUGGGACAAACAACGGUGCUGGUAGAGUGGGCCCCACGCAGCCCCCUGUGACUAGUUCGGCUCCAAUGGUGCACAAUAAUAUAGCAGGACCUGCGAAGUUGACUCCCAAUAGUACGGCUAGGGCUCCUGGGAAUGGGCCCCAGCAGGAUAACCAGAAGAGGCCCAGACAGAGGCAGCACAAAAAUAGGCACAAUCGGACUCCCUAA